UGAAAACAGCAGACUGGUUGGAAGACUGGUACAGUAACCCGGAGAAGGGUUGCUCCGAGUUUCACUUUUCACUUUCCAGUUCCAGGAUAAUUCGUGGAGACUCGUCCCCAAAGCAGAGCUACUGUGUAUUUUGAAAGUACCGAUUCUCAAAGCAUUGUGUUUGAGUUGUUUUUGUUAAAUUGCGUUAAUAAUGUCUGCGUACCGCGGCAGUCGCAACCCCUUCGCUGAGGAUGACGAUGAAGACUUUGGGGGGAAAGCGAGUGGAAGCGGCGGCUGGAGCGAGCCGUCAGAGGCAGAGGACCGGCAGAGGUGGCUGGAGCAAGAAGUGAUGCGGACAGCUCAGUCCGCAGUAGACAGCAGCCAUAGAUCCCUCUCUCUUAUUUACGAGUCUGAGAAAGUGGGGUCCGAGACAGCAGAGGAAUUGAUUCGACAGGGCGAGGCUCUGAAACGGACUGAGAGGAUGGUGGAUAACAUGGAUCAGGACCUGAAGACCAGCCAGCGGCAUAUCAACAGUAUAAAGAGCGUGUUCGGGGGCUUGGUCAAUUACUUCAAACCCAAACCAGAGACGAAACCACCACCGGAACAGCCCCCAGACUACAAGCCCAGCAGCAGAUUGCAAGAUGCAUUGGUCCACAGCAAGGAGCAAGAACAUAACUACCAAGCAAGCCACCCUAAUCUGAGAAAGCUAGAUACAGGAGGAUUUGGUGCCAAAGCCAGUGCUGAUUACUCCUCUUCACAAAGCAGUAAUGGAUAUCCCAAGAACAAGCAGCUAAUGACAGCCCACAAACAGCUGGAUAAUAACUUGGAUGACAUGGCUGCUGGGCUGAGCCGUCUGAAGAACCUUGGAUUGGGGUUGCAGAGUGAGAUAGACUCUCAAGACCCGAUCCUUCACAGGUUGACUGGAAAAGUAGACAAUAUGGAUUUGAAAAUUAGGACCACAGAUCAACAGCUGAAAAAACUUUAAUAAACCUGUAUGACCAACA